AUGUCGAAUUUUGUAUUAUUUUCAACUACAUUUGAAAGAGUCAUGUUGUCACACAUUUUUGUUUCUUCGAUUUCACUCAUCAUCAUUUGGUUUAAUUUAAUAAUGAGUUUCUCCGAUGAUGGUAAAUUUGAAAUUUCUGGUGCUACGACAGUAAAAACGAUUGUGGCGAUUCCUUCAUUCUCGUUUCAGAUAUUUAUGACGUGUUACUUAUUUGAAAAUUUACAUAACCAAAAAGAUUCAAUAAUAUUCGCACUGUACAGCAGUAAUUGGACCGAAAUGGAUAUGAAGUCUAAAAAAUUGAUAUUAAUAGCAAUGCAAUUGAAUAAUGCUAACCAGAAAAAGUUAAGGUUUACUAGAACAAGAAUUGUUAACCUGGAAAUGUUUUUUAAGACAAUGGGUCAUUGUUACACAGUUGUAUCGGUUAUGAUACAUUAUAUAAAUGCAAAGAAUGAUUAA